CUUUAUUUGCGGCUGAAUUCCAUUCGAGUCGCCACCGCCGUCACUCCAACGUUUUCUACGGUGUUUUCGUCGUCCUCACACUCUCGAGUGGCGUGACAAAUGACGGCCACCGCGAUAUUUAGCUUCAUUAUCACCAUCAAAUUCACUCACACCGAUUAGGGUUUCUUUCACUUCCCUUUAGCCAAGCAAAUUUUAUGCUUUUUUCCCGGCCAACCAAACAGUAGAUACUGAAUCCGUGCGAAAUUUUCUGGCACAUGGCUUCUCCCCACGGAUUUGCUUCUCUCACCAACUCAGGAAUUACACGCACGUGCUCCUCCUUACGGUAUCAUCUACUUAUCCCUCAAUUUAAUAAAAAGAUUCAAUCUUGUUCUAGGGUUUCGAUUAUAAUCUGCAAUAGCCAAAACCCUAGUUUUGCUGUAGCUAAACGGAGUAAAAUUCGAGACUUGAGGCUAUUCAAUUCGGUUGAGUUAGAUGGGUUUCUAACCAGCGACGAUGAGGGUGAGAUGAGUGAGGGGUUUUUCGAGGCGAUUGAGGAAUUAGAGCGAAUGAAUCGGGAGCCGUCGGAUGUUCUCGAGGAAAUGAACGAACGGCUAUCGGCUCGCGAGCUACAGCUCGUGUUGGUGUAUUUUUCGCAGGAGGGGAGAGACUCUUGGUGUGCAUUGGAGGUGUUUGAGUGGCUCCGGAAGGAGAACAGGGUCGAUGAGGAGACGAUGGAGCUUAUGGUCUCGCUAAUGUGCGCGUGGGUUAAGAAAUUGAUUGAAGGAAAGCAGGACGUGGGAUUUGUUGCUGACGUUCUUGUGGAUAUGGAUUGUGUUGGUUUGAAGCCGGGUUUUAGUAUGAUUGAGGAGGCGGUGUCCAUUUAUUGGGAGAUGGGGGAGGGGGAGAGAGCGGUUUCGUUUGUGAAAGAGGUUUUGAGACGGGGGAUCGGGUACCAGGAGGAUCGUGCGGAAGGGCAUAAGGUUGGCCCUGCUGGUUAUCUUGCUUGGAAGAUGAUGGUGGACGGUAAAUAUCGGGAUGCAGUCAACUUAGUGAUUGACCUGAAAGAGUCCGGGUUGAGGCCAGAGGCCUACAGCUACCUAAUCGCGAUGACAGCUGUGGUGAAAGAGCUGAAUGAAUUUGCAAAAGCUUUACGCAAGUUAAAAGGUUUCAGCAAAAGUGGUUUAGUUGCUGAACUGGAUCCAGAAACUGUUGGGCUCAUGGAGAAAUAUCAGUCAGAUCUUGUGACCGAUGGAGUUCGCUUGUCUAACUGGGUGAUUCAAGAGGAAAGACCUUCACUUCGUGGGUUGGGGUUGGUUCACGAGAGACUCCUUGCCAUGUAUAUUUGUGCUGGUCGUGGACUAGAGGCUGAAAGACAGUUGUGGAAUAUGAAAUAUGUGGGUAAGGAAGCUGACAGUGGACUUUACGACAUUGUUUUAGCCAUCUGUGCUUCCCAGAAGGAAGAGGGUCCCAUUGCACGAUUGGUGUCUCGAACUGAGGUCAUGGGUUCUGUGCAUAAGAAGAAAACCCUAAUGUGGUUGUUGAGAGGGUACAUGAAAGGUGGUCAUUUCGAUGAUGCGGCAGAGACAGUGAUUAAAAUGCUGGACUGUGGUUUGUAUCCAGAGUUUGUGGACAGGGUAGCUGCGCUUCAGGGACUAAGAAAAAGGAUUCGACGAACGGGAGAUGUGGAAACUUACGUGAAGUUGUGUAAGCGCCUUUCUGAUGAAGAACUGACUGGACCUUGUCUUUUUUAUCUUCACUUGACGAAGUACAAGCUUUGGAUAAUAAAAAUGCUUUGAAUGGCUCAGAUGAGAAGCUUUCAUUUGCGUAUGUAUAGAUUGGGGUGGGUCUAAGAGCGGAACCAUAAUGUUGGGCAGAGCAGUUCCUUUGGACGGAUUAACUUCAAAGUUCAGAGAUGCGUUAUGAGUAUUAUGCUCUCAUGUUGUAAUAGAGUUGUAUAUUGGUGGGCAUUGAAACAUAAUCAAGAACACUAGCACAAUGUAAUAAGGCCGGCCGUGUAUUCUUGCUCUCAUGUUGUAAUAGAGUUGUAUAUUGGUGGGCGUUGAAACAUAAUCAAGAACACCAGCACAAUGUAAUAAGAAAGGCCGUGUAUUCUUGCUAAAGGUACGUGAUACUUCUAUUCUGCCA